UUCUUAAUUUCAGCAGAUUAGUCUGAAGUAUAUGCUUUCUGACAUUUGUCGUUUCAUAUAAGUAGCCAGUGAUGAUUUAUAGAGACGAUCUUGUGUGCUGGAUGUCUGGCACGAUGCCAUUUUCUUUAUUCCUCCCACUCAGCCAAUCACGAGCUUUAAUACAAACCAACCCAGCCCAGAUCUCACACAGCCCCUCCCCCAGCUGUAUGUCUGUGUCACCCUACCUCCCUCUCCUCUAUUCUCCCUUCCUCUGCUGCUUGCUGGCUCGCGCAUGCCCUCUCUCCGUUGCCUCAUGCGGCUUGGCGAAAGGGAGAAAUAAAAAAGAUAGAGGGAUUGGGAAUAGACCAGAGAUUUAUUUUAGCGGUGAGUCCAAAGAGGCGUGGGAUGGAAAAACAGACGGGUCCUUUGCGCAUAAACCCACAUCUUCUGAAUAAUCGGAAGGCCCCAGAGCUUUACUAUCUGAGAAUGCAGAGGAACAGAGAAAAGAUGGAGAGGAGAAAGACAGACGCGGACAAUCAGUGUAAGAGGAAGUUGAGGGUGUGUGUGGCAACAUGCAACAGAGCGGACUACUCCAAGCUGGCCCCCAUCAUGUUUGGGCUCAAAAGCCACCCUGACGAGUUUGAUCUGGAAGUUGUGGUGCUUGGCUCACAUCUCAUCGAUGAUUACGGGAACACUUUCCGUAUGAUCGAGCAGGAUGACUUUGACAUCGGCUCCAAGCUCCACACCAUUGUGAGAGGAGAGGAUGAGGCUGCCAUGGUGGAGAGUGUUGGGCUGGCACUUGUGAAACUCCCUGAUGUCCUACAGAGGCUGCACCCUGACAUCCUGGUCGUCCAUGGGGACCGUUUUGAUGCACUGGCCCUAGCAACUGCUGCAGCACUGAUGAACAUUAGAAUACUUCAUCUGGAGGGAGGAGAGGUCAGCGGUACAAUCGAUGACUCAAUCCGCCACGCCAUCAGUAAGCUAGCCCAUUACCAUGCCUGCUGCACACGUAGAGCAGAGCAGCACCUCAUAGCCAUGUGCGAGGACCACUCUCGUAUCCUGCUGGCCGGCUGCCCUUCAUAUGAUAAGCUGCUAUCGAAUAAUCACAGAGACGACUACAUGGAUAUCAUCAAGAGCUGGCUGGGUGACAAGGUGCAGGAGCGUGACUACAUCGUGGCUUUGCAGCACCCAGUUACCACUGACAUCCAGCACUCUAUUAAAAUCUACGGGCUGAUGCUGGAUGCUCUGCUUUCUUUCAACAAAAAGACUCUCAUCCUCUUCCCUAACAUUGAUGCCGGAAGUAAGGAGAUGGUGCGUGUGAUGCGUAAGAAGGGCAUCGAGCAGCAUCCCAACUUCCGGGCAGUGAAGCACAUUCCCUUUGAGCAGUUCAUCCAGCUGGUGUGCCACGCCGGCUGCAUGAUUGGAAACAGCAGCUGUGGGGUACGAGAGGCCGGGGCCUUUGGCACACCAGUCAUUAACCUGGGAACAAGGCAAACUGGAAGAGAAACAGGUGAAAAUGUCCUACAUGUCAGAGAUGCAGACACUCAUAAUAAGAUCUUCCACGCUCUGGAGCUGCAGUUUGGAAAGAGAUACCCCUGCUCUAAGAUUUAUGGCGAUGGCAACGCAGUGGCCCGUAUUCUCAAGUUUAUACGGACCAUUGACCUGGAGGAGCCGCUCCAGAAGACUUUCUGUUUCCCCCCGGUGAAAGACUGCAUCUCCCAGGACAUCGAUCACAUCCUGGAGACACAGAGCGCUCUGGCUAUUGACCUGGGAGGGACCAACCUCAGGGUGGCAAUCGUCAGUAUGACGGGUAAAAUAGUAAAGAAAAAUACUCAGCCAAAUCCAAAGACCAUCGAGGCCAGGAUGCAGCUCAUAUUAAAGAUGUGUGCAGACGCCAUGCGGGACGCUGUCUGCCUCAACUGUAGAAUUCUCGGUGUUGGAGUGUCCACGGGUGGACGUGUAAACCCACAAGAAGGCGUGGUCGUAAACUCCACAAAGCUGAUCCAGGAGUGGUCCUCAGUGGACCUGAGAACACCCAUCUCAGAUGCCCUGCACCUACCUGUCUGGGUCGACAAUGAUGGCAACUGUGCUGCGUUGGCUGAGAGAAAGUUUGGUCAAGGAAAGGGGGUUGAGAACUUUGUCACUGUCAUCACAGGAACUGGUAUUGGAGGAGGGAUCAUCCAUAACAAUGAGCUGGUCCAUGGCAGCACCUUCUGUGCUGCAGAGCUGGGCCACAUCAUGGUUUCACUGGAAGGCCCAGAGUGUCCGUGUGGCAGCAGAGGAUGCAUAGAGGCCUACUCAUCUGGCUUGGCCUUGCAGAAAGAGGCCAAAAGGCUGCACGACGAGGACCUGCUGAAGGUGGAGGGGAUGGAUAUGAAGAUCACGGAGCAAAUCACCGCUGCCCACCUCAUCAACGCAGCCAGACUGGGGAACAGCAAAGCUCAGGCUGUUCUGCACAAAGCCUCCACAGCGCUAGGCGUGGGCAUGAUUAACAUCCUCCACAUAGUGAACCCCACACUGGUGAUUCUGUCCGGCAUCUUGGCCUCUUACUAUGAGGCCCCAGUGCAGCAAGUCAUCUCUGAGAGAGCCCUCGACUGUGCCCAGAGCAUCAAGGUUAUCGCGUCAGAUUUGGAGGAACCGGCUUUGCUUGGAGCAGCUAGCAUGGUGUUGGACUAUGCAACCAGAAGGACAUACUGAAGGAUAUCAUCUUAUUUACCAAGGACUGCUACCAACAAGAGAACUGCAAAACUGACAGUAGUACCUGUACUGCCCAGAUAGAUAUACAGGCAUAUCUAAGGGAUACAUUUUAAAGGCUUGACAAUGAAUUCGAACCAUUGUGCUAGUGUUUAGCACGCUUGUUUUGCUUGUUAAUUACCUUGAUGAAGGCAGUUUUUCUUGUGGUUUCCACAAAAAUGCAAAUUCUCAAGCAUGUCAGAAUUAUGCCUUCACUUGGCCAGAUGAUGGUCAGUAAGUGGGUCCACUGCACAAUCGGGAAAUGUCAUCACUCUUGUUUUUUUAAAUUUAGGUCUACAUUUUUUAAUUAAGCCCCAGGGCUUUUUAUUUCUUUUUAACGAUUAAGCAUCAGCUUCUGAGUAAACAGUAACACCAUCUUAAAACCAAAAUUACCCUUCCAGGGUAGGACUAACCCGCUCUACUUGUAAUGUGAUGUGGGUGGAUGGAAAAGUCAUUAAUGAAAGCUUGUAUCAAAAUAUUGUGACCAAAAUAUUGCUAAAACAUUCUCCUGCAGCUUUGUCUCAGAUCUCCUUGAUCGGUUGCCAUCUCACUUUUUUAUAUAAUCUUUUAUGGAGGUUUUAUUCUCAAUUUGAUUUGUGUUGAAAUAAGGGUGACUGUCAAGUUAUUAUGUUAACAUUUCCAUGUUUUGUUUUGUGAAUUACAUUAUGUAAGGUAUGGGGAAAAUCUUUAGUACUUAAAGAUGAUGGUUGGUGUAGUUGCUAAUCUUGAAGGCUUACGGGGUAAGAAAUGGUUAAUGAAUAAUCAGUUGAAAUAUUUAAUGACAUGUUAAGGUAGCAACUGCUUGAGCAUAAUAGCUGCUUCAGUAUGAGGCCAUCAGAUGAAGUGUUUUUUUUUUUUUUUUUAAAUAUAUAUAUAUAUAUAUAUAUAUAUAUACACAUUUCGUCACCACAGACCUUACGAAUUUUUGAACUGAAUUUUCUUCACGCCUUUCGAAUAUAUAUUUUAUCUGAAAAAUAUUUACAUGGUUUGUAUGUAAUUACAUACUCUAAUGUACAUUACAUGCCAAUUGAAAUUUUUUGGAUUCAUUUCUUUGUAUUUUGGGGGCUUAUGUCCAAAUAUAUAUAUAUACUGUUUUGUUUAAAAUAUACAUAAGAAAUAAACUUUAUUUAAGAGAGGAAA